UACUGUAGGCCUACUGUAAGUAUUGCAGUGCAGAUCCAGUUUAGAAAACUCUCGUUUUCUCCUCCAGGGGGCGCUUGUUAGCUUCUCAGGGAUGUUUUCGUCUUUUUUUAUCUUUCACAUGUCAUACUUUUAAGGAUUGGAGUCUAUCAUACAAAUAGAAACCCAGUCCAAACAAUCUCUAUAAAAUAAUGUCUUAAAAGUCAUCAUUCUGUAACCACAGCGACUGUGAUUUGUCCAUCGUGACAAGCGUUGAGAAAAGUAACAGCGGUCACGUGACAACAGUCUGGCGCUGUAAGAACGUUGGGUCGCGUUACAUUUGCAAGUCGCGUCGCGUUUAUUUAUGAUUGUCUGUCAUUUAAACGUCUCUUGGACUUCUCUUUUGGUCCUAACCCUUGUCAUAUUGUUUGCAAUGUCUUCAGACGCCGGUGAUAAAUAUGUUUCUGUAGAUUUUGAGGUGUUCGGGAAUGUUCAAGGUGUUUGCUUCAGAAUGUAUACAGAAGCAGAAGCGGAGAAACUCGGCGUGACGGGAUGGGUAAAGAACACUAGACAGGGCACUGUGGUGGGACAGGUGCAGGGACAUCCUGAAAAAGUUAAAGAGAUCGUCACAGAGGGUUCGUGUGGAGAGACAGGAGGCGACGGGGCCCGGCACAUUCCAGAGCACCGAGGGGUCGCGUUUGCCCUCGGCAGGGACAGCAGACCUGUUGAACUGCUCUCAGCUGGCCCUGCUUUCAGCUCAACAGAUGUGGGAGAGAAAAGAGGCCCAGAGAUCAGCGUUCCCAGAGACAGAGGGGAACCCCUUUCGUUCGGCUGGGACAGCGAACUGAACACAUAAGAACAUGUACAGACCAUAUUGCACCUCAAAAGAAAAAAAUGUUGUAUAACGAAAGAAGAUUAUUUUCAUGAAGCCUGUAUAGCCUGCUCCUAAUUCUCAUUACAGUUAUGUAAAAAUAAUUAAUGUAUAUUAUUUGUAAUAGUAGAUAUCAUUGAUAUAUUAUAUAUAGAAUACACAAACUGAGGGACGAGUCAAAAUUAUUGUCUGUCGUAAUCAGCUGAGCUUAACUUGUA